GCCAUGAUCAAGGCGAUCCUCAUCUUCAACAACCACGGGAAGCCACGGCUGUCCAAGUUCUACCAGCCUUACAGUGAAGAUACGCAGCAGCAAAUCAUCAGGGAGACUUUCCAUUUGGUGUCUAAGAGAGAUGAGAAUGUUUGUAAUUUCCUAGAAGGAUUAUUAAUUGGAGAAUCUGACAACAAACUGAUUUAUAGACAUUAUGCAACACUAUAUUUUGUCUUCUGUGUGGAUUCCUCAGAAAGUGAACUUGGCAUUUUAGAUCUAAUUCAAGUGUUUGUGGAAACAUUAGACAAAUGUUUUGAAAAUGUCUGUGAACUGGAUUUAAUAUUCCAUGUAGACAAGGUUCACAAUAUUCUUGCAGAAAUGGUGAUGGGGGGAAUGGUCUUGGAGACCAACAUGAAUGAGAUCGUUACACAGAUUGAUGCACAGAAUAAGUUGGAGAAAUCUGAGGCUGGCUUAGCAGAAGCUCUAGCCUGUGCUGUAUCAGCUGUAAAGAAUAUGAAUCUUCCUGAGAUCCCAAGAAAUAUUAACAUUGGUGACAUCAGCAUAAAAGUGCUAAACCUGCCCUCUUUUAAAUAAAAUAUUAAAAAGGCUGCUCCCAGGUAAAAUCCAGGGGGGAGUCAUCUAAGUUUACCCUACAGUUGUUUACCAAAA